GAAGGCGGAAGCGCGGAGGGGCCGGCGCCGGCGGAGGGCCGGGCGGCUCCCGAUGGUGUGUGGCGGCGGCCGGCCCCAGGCGCGCUCGCUUCAGGCUCGGCAUGGCGGCGGCGGGGGCAGCCGGCCAGGAGAAACAGCUCGCUCCGACCCUGCUCAGUUUCUUCAUCUACAACCCCAAGCUAGGGCCCAAAGAGGGAGAGGAAGAAAAGAAGAUUCUCUUCUAUCACCCAAAUGAAGUAGAAAAGAAUGAAAAAAUUAGAAACGUGGGACUAUGCGAAGCUAUAGUACAGUUCACAAGGACCUUUAGUCCAACAAAACCUGCAAAAUCCCUGCAUACACAGAAGAAUAGACAAUUUUUCCAUGAACCUGAAGAAAACUUCUGGAUGGUCAUGGUUGUACGGAAUCCCAUAAUAGAAAAACACAAAGAUGGAAAGCCAGUCUACGAAUAUCAAGAAGAAGAAUUACUGGACAAGGUUUACAGUUCGGUGCUCCAGCAGUGCUACAGCAUGUACAAGCUUUUCAAUGGCACGUUCCUGAAAGCCAUGGAAGAUGGAGGUGUAAAAGUUCUAACUGAGAGACUAGAGAAAUUCUUCCAUCGGUACUUGCAGACGCUGCAUUUACAGUCUUGUGAUCUGCUGGAUGUGUUCUGUGGAAUCAGCUUCUUUCCACUGGAUAAAAUGACUUACUUGAAAAUUCAGUCAUUUAUUAAUAGGAUGGAAGAAAGCCUGAGCAUAGUCAAGUAUACUGCAUUUCUCUACAACGACCAGCUGAUCUGGAGUGGACUGGAGCAAGAUGACAUGAGAAUUUUGUACAAAUAUCUGACGACAUCUCUGUUUCCAAGGCACAUGGAGCCUGAGCUAGCGGGAAGAGAUUCUCCAAUACGUGCUGAAAUGCCAGGGAAUCUGCAACACUAUGGAAGGUUUCUUACUGGACCUUUAAAUCUUAAUGAUCCGGAAGCAAAAUGCCGUUUCCCCAAAAUAUUUGUUAACACUGAUGACACUUACGAAGAGCUUCAUUUAAUUGUUUAUAAGGCCAUGAGCGCAGCUGUCUGCUUUAUGAUUGAUGCUUCCAUCCCGCCCACGCUGGAGUUCUGCCGCAAACUGGACAGCAUUGUCGGGCCCCAGCUCACGGUGCUGGCCUCGGACAUCUGUGAGCAGUACAACAUCAACAGGAGGAUCUCCGGGGCUGAGAAGGAGCCUCAGUUUAAGUUCAUCUAUUUCAAUCACAUGAACCUGGCAGAGAAAAGCACCAUCCACAUGAGGAAAACACCCAGCGUGUCGCUCGCGUCUGUCCACCCUGACCUCAUGAAGAUUCUCGGUGACAUCAACAGUGACUUCUCCAGAGUUGACGAAGAUGAGGAAAUUAUUGUGAAGGCAAUGAGUGAUUACUGGGUAGUUGGGAAAAAGUCUGACCAGCGAGAACUGUAUGUCAUCUUGAAUCAAAAAAAUGCAAAUCUGAUUGAAGUUAACGAAGAAGUGAAGAAGCUUUGUGCAACACAGUUCAACAAUAUUUUCUUCUUGGAUUGAUCUGCAAAGGGCUGAUUUAUUGAAGAAGUCAAUGUCAGACACUUGUUCAACAUGAAAAGUUAUUAGUCAUAUUAUUGACUGGAAUAAUGACAAUAGUAAAGCAAUACUUGCUUUGUAAGAAUCAAAAUUUCUACUAAAAUCUGUAAACUCUGAUCAUAAAAAUUUUUAGAUUUUAAAAAUGUUUAUGUGCAAACUAAUUAAAAGCCAGUCUGAAUUCAUCUGUACCAUUCCAUUCUGAUAUCGUUACGUGAAUAUUUUACGGCAAAAUUAAAACUAAUAAUUGU